UUCUCCGUCGUGAUCCGAUCCGAGUCGACUUCGUCGUUUCUCACCAGGAGCUGGCGGCCGCCUCCUGAUGAAGGAUGUGAGCGACCGCUUCCAGCUUCGCGUUGGAUGGAGAGCGGCGCGGAAUCCAUAAAGGAUUACUAUAAAGUUUUGGAGGUUGACUAUGACGCAAAUGAGGAGGUUAUAAGAUUCAACUACCGAAGACUUGCACUAAGAUGGCACCCCGACAAGCACAAGGGGAAUAGUGAUGCCACUGCAAAGUUUCAGGAGAUUAAUGAAGCCUACCAAGUGCUCGGUGAUGCAGAUAAGCGGCAUGAAUAUGACAUAUCGGGUAGUUACGAAAUCGAUAAGUACACUCUACAGGAAUAUCUUACAAGAUUCAAGGGAAUGAUAUUGACAUGCAAUGGCCUCGGUAUUGGCCGCCCUUCAUGGUCACAGAAGCUAACGGAGACUGAAGCAUUGGAUCAGUAAUAUCGGCAUUCUUUUGUUUUCCCCAGUUUUUGAUCGGGAAAGGCACUCGUCGAUAACUUUGUGAUAUGAAACUCGUCGUAUAACAACCAUGGCCAAGACGAUUACUAACAUAUCGAAAAUAGAAGGUAUUAUAAUUGUUUCAAGGAUACUAAAAGGUGAUGCUCCAUGUUUUUACCAAUUUAUUUUAUGGUAAUUGCUUUGAUGACCCUCGUUCUUAACAUAGACCUUUAUAUGUUUGGUUGAAUCGAAGUGAAUGAUUAGCCAAAAGAUUGAAAUC